ACAACUCGAUUCCAAGCAGUACUUAGUGCCUUGAAACAUAACAACAUAAAUAAGCGAACACUAUUGUGAGAGCUCGUUAUCUUAUCGAAUGGAAAGUCGUCGACGUUUUACAUCGAUCGUCGAAAUUUUGCAUUUUAACGUACACGUCAAUUGCCACUUUCAACGAUUAUUCGAACGAGUGACACUCAUCAUUAAAACUUGAAUUUAUCGCAGCUUUCUUUACUCAUGGAAUUUCAAAGUUUUCAAUAAAACCGUGGCAACGACGAGCUUCAAUUUAAUGGGCAAUAAGUACUCGACCAGACACUCCUCUUACUAUUAAAUGCAAAAAUCUACUGCUGAGCAAAAAAGAAAUUUGGAAAACGAUCAUAUUCAAUGUACGAAUUUCGUUUUUUUAUUGUACACGAAAAAAUAUAAUUUUGGUGAAAGUGGAUACUCGAAUAGUGAUGUAGGAUAAGAGAACGGAUGGAUCAUCGGUUCUUCUCAUUGAUAAAAUUGAUAAGCUCGUGCGUAAUGAACGACAUUGAUGAACAUUCUAGAAGGAAUCUAAACGAUUUUUUUUCCUCUGUCGGAUAAUCAAUUUUGUUUUUUUCUUCUUAAUAAUAUCGCAUAAUCAGAGAGAUAUGCAUGUAGACCAACGUGUACGAACGGCGAUAUCAGUAUUAUUCGUUCGUAUAGACGUAAUUAUCGCAGAAUGCUUGUUCAAGGAUUUUCGACAGAGUCACACGAGAGUGUAUAAAGGGCCAUCGUCUUAUUUGAUAACGAGCAUUCGACGUGAUUAGUGUGUCGGCAAGGUGCUCUCUGGAAUUGAGUCUAUCGAAAUUCUUAUUCGAAUAUUGGUGUUAAUAAAAGCGAAUUUUCAAAAUGCGAUUUUUCGUCGCAAUCGCCCUCUUCGCUCUGGUCGUGCUCAUCGUUUCUAGCGAUGUUUCAGCCAAAAAGUCCGGGAAAAAUGAGCGAAGCUUGACGAGUGAGGAAACGAACGAUCGUGAAAAGAGCCAUGCGACGGAAUACCGGAAGAAAUCAAAAAAUGUGAAGAAUCAUGAAAAAUCACAUGAGAAAAAACGACACAAAAGUGACGGGACAGAACCGGAAGUUGGAAGCAUGGAGAAUUCGAGAGCAGGUGAGGGGAAGAAAGGGAAAAAAAUGAGUCCAUCCAAUCACAAGGAUAAAAGUCAUCGGAAAACUGCCGAGGAAGCCUUAAAAAAGAAGGAGAAAGUGGGGGGAGAUAAAAAGUUAGAUUCGCAGGCGAGAUACGAAAAAAAAUCGGCCAAAUCACCGGUAGAUAAAAAACGUUCGUUAGACAAAUCAGUGAAUUCUGAGAAGCAAAUCGACACUCCGAGUGGAAAAAAAUUGUCGCCAAAAUCCAGCUCGAAGGAAGCCAAACGUAGAAAAAAUGUGGAGAAAUAUGAAAAAAGUGAUUCGGAAUUCAGUGGAAAAGAAAACGCACUGGACGAAACGAAAGGAAAAAAUGAGGAGAAAAUAGGAAAAUCGAAGAACGAAAAGAGGAGAGGAAAAAGAGAAGUGAACAACGAAAGCGUCAUCCAAGCUCAGAGCGUUAAAAAAAUGAAGAAACAAGAACAGUGCGCAAGCAGAAAACGAAGUGAGGAAAAUUUGUCAGAACAAUUGAACGAAUCCUUGAACGAAAAGCCUGACGAAAUUGAAAAUUCCUUCGAAUUUCAAGAGGCCGAAGACAAAUCGUUGAACGAUGCAGAAGCCUCGCAAGAAGGAGAUUCAGCAGAUACGCUCGAAGAAGAACCAGAAAACGAAGAAGAUAAACAAGUUGAACACCAAGAGGAAGAACCAGCCAACGAAAAAGAAGAUCAAGAUAAUCAAGAAGAAGAAAAUGAAGCCCCUGUAGAAUCUUGCAAAGACUCAACUAAUGAUCUUGACGAAGUUCCAUCCUAAAAAAACGAGGAUAAAUCAACGUCACAUAUUUAUAACACAUACGACAACAAAAAAUCGAUUAACACCAAGGCAAGAGCAAAAAAGUAGAAGUUAUGGAAUUCCUUUUAAGGCGAUUCAUUCCUGAAUCGAGAGUUUUGAUUUUCUCCACUGUAAAAAACAAAUGCCAACUGUCACAACAACGAAAUUUUGUACAAGCUAACUGAAACGUAUGUUUAUUCCAAAUAAAUAUAGUUAUACAAUUUUCUAAACGUUA